AUGCGGCAGGUUUUUCGCGCUGCAGAUACAACAAGACAUUGUGGAGUGAACACAAAGGUUGCAUGCAUUGUUCUCGGAACGCUAGUCACAGUUUUGGAAAUCUUUUGUUUCCUUUUCCUGCCUCUCAUCGCAGGAAUCAUACUAAUCAGCAUAGCAGCGCUUGUCUACAUUGUGCUGAUUCUAACUAUUGUAAAAAUGAUGAGAGGACUCCUGAUCAUAUUCAUGAUAUUUAAUGCAGUUGGAACCAAUGUGGUAUCGUCGCAAACUGAAGCGAUGGGUGCCAGCAGGGGUUUUACACGCUCCUUCAAAGCGCCUCCAGAGAAGCCGCGUACGCAAUUGCGUAAAUGGUUUAUGUCGUUUUGA